AUGGACUCACGGGUGUCGGAGCUGUUCGGGGGCUGCUGCCGGCCGCGGGCGGCGGGGCAGGCGGGGCGUGCGCGGGCGCGGGGGGCUGCGCCCGGCGGCGGCAGCGGCUCGAAGGCGAAGAAGAAGAACGGGCGGACCCGGGGCGGGAAGGCCAACAACCCGCCGUACCUGCCGCCCGAGGCAGAAGAUGGGAACAUCGAGUACAAGCUAAAGCUAGUGAAUCCCUCGCAAUAUCGCUUUGAGCACCUGGUGACACAGAUGAAGUGGCGACUACAGGAAGGCCGAGGUGAGGCCGUCUAUCAGAUCGGCGUGGAGGACAACGGGCUGCUGGUGGGCCUCUCAGAGGAGGAAAUGCGUGCCUCGCUCAAGACACUGCGCCGUAUGGCAGAGAAGGUUGGGGCUGACAUUACGGUGCUGCGGGAGAGGGAGGUCGAUUACGACAGCGACGUUCCAAGGAAGAUAACGGAGGUGCUUGUCCGAAAGGUGCCUGACAACCAGCAGUUCUUAGACCUGCGAGUAGCUGUGCUGGGGAAUGUGGACUCAGGGAAGUCAACCCUGUUGGGUGUCCUAACGCAAGGAGAGCUGGACAACGGGCGGGGCAGAGCACGCCUCAACCUCUUCCGGCAUCUCCAUGAAAUCCAGUCAGGAAGAACGUCAAGCAUCAGCUUUGAGAUCCUCGGCUUCAACAGCAAAGGAGAGGUGGUAAAUUACAGUGACUCUCGAACAGCAGAAGAGAUCUGCGAGAGUUCUUCCAAAAUGAUCACUUUCAUUGACCUGGCUGGCCACCACAAGUAUCUGAAAACAACCAUCUUUGGUCUCACCAGCUACUGCCCGGACUUUGCUAUGCUGGUGGUUAGCGCCAACACUGGCAUUGCGGGCACAACACGAGAGCACUUGGGCUUGGCCAUGGCCCUCAAGGUCCCCUUCUUCAUUGUCAUCAGCAAAGUUGACUUGUGUUCGAAAGCCACCGUGGAACGGACAGUGAAGCAGCUGGAGCGAAUCCUGAAGCAGCCAGGCUGCAACAAGCUCCCCCUGCUUGUGAACUCAGAUGACGAUGCUGUUACAGCAGCACAGCAGUUUGCACAGUCUCCCAACAUCACCCCAAUCUUCACACUGUCCAGUGUUUCUGGGGAGAACCUGGAUCUCUUAAAAGUCUUCCUCAACAUCCUCCCUCCACUGACCAACAGUAAAGAGCAGGAAGAACUAAUGCAGCAGCUCACAGAGUUUCAGGUUGAUGAAAUUUAUACUGUGCCAGAGGUGGGGACUGUUGUGGGAGGAACUCUGUCAAGUGGGAUCUGCCGAGAAGGGGAGAACCUGGUGGUUGGUCCCACUGAUGACGGGAAGUUCCUCCGGCUGAAAGUGUGCAGUAUCCAACGCAACCGCUCUGCCUGCCGCGUGCUGCGGGCUGGGCAGGCAGCCACACUGGCCCUCGGACCCUUCGACCGCUCCCUGCUGCGCAAGGGCAUGGUCAUGGUGAGCCCAGAAAUGAACCCCACCAUCUGCUCAGUGUUUGAAGCCGAGAUCGUGCUGUUGUUCCAUGCCACGACUUUCCGGAAGGGGUUUCAGGUGACGGUGCACGUGGGGAAUGUGCGACAGACUGCUAUUGUAGAGAAGAUCCACGGAAAGGACAAGCUGCGGACAGGAGAGAAGGCAGUCGUCCGUUUUAGGUUCAUCAAGCAUCCUGAAUACUUGAAGAUUGGAGCCAAGCUGCUUUUCCGUGAAGGAGUCACCAAAGGCAUUGGGCAUGUCACUGACCUCCAAGCCAUCACCACUAAAGAAAAUGGCCUGGAGGAGUCCCUGGGACCUGGACAGCUGAGCUUCUGACUACCACUAGGUCAGAGAGAUCUCCACUCACCGACACCUGGGGAGAAGGGUGGAAGCUCCCGUGGCUCUCUGAGUGAUGCCUGGAGCUGCUGCUGUCCCAUUCUAGCGUGGGUGUCCCUCCUCCGCACAGUGAGAUGGAGCCUGGGAGAGUUUCUCGCAUUCAGUGCCGUACAUGGGGCAAGUUAAGCAUGUUCUCCACAUCGCCUGCAGCUUUCGUUGCCCAGCCCGCCUUCAAAAUAGAUCAGAGGCACCUGCAGACCUGGGCAGGCAAGUUCUGGCUUUGUUUACUGUUUGAAAAUUACUGGUUGGGAGGAGCAGAACCCUUGAAGACCAGCAGUGAAGGGAUGUUUUUCCAUCUCUGACACAAGAUCUGGUCCCGUUUCUGCUCUCUGAGCACUGGGUUGAUAACAAUCCUCUCUUGAGUCAUCCUGCAGCACAUCCCUUUGGGCAGGGGAUGGAAGAGGCCCUGCUACCCACAGCAGGGGCUUGGCUGAACCUCUCAAAAUGCAUUCAGGACACUUUUUAACCGUUUUAAUCUUGGUUGGCUUUAAUCUGCUGUGUGUCCAUUUGUGUGUUGGUUUUGCAUUACUCCAAUCUGAGUGUCUUACUGUUGGACAAGUGUCCUGUUCCCCACUCACAUGUACACACUCCUUCAGCAUCCUGCUUUCUGACUCCUGGGGAGCUGUGGCUGCUCCAAGUGGCACAGCCUCCCGACAUAACGGCGUGAAGGCAGAGUUUGCACUUGCAUCUGUUCCUUGCAGCAGCUGAGCAGGAGGCCAUUCUGUGGAGCAGAGCGGGGCCUGGGCCUGUGCUGGCAUGUGCAGGUUGUUUCCAUGGAUGUUCAGCUGCAGGUGUCACCUGCAUGUUGGCAGCAGGGGUUUGCAGUGGGCUCCCUGGUGUGGCUAUUCCAGGGCCCAGCCCAGCUUGCUCCUCACAUGCUUGCCUUAAUGUGUGAGGAGGGCAGGCUGUGUCACUAACACAGAACCAGGUGGCUUCUAUUGUUUAGAUGUGAUUUGACAGUGGCAUGAUUUUAUUUCUGUUUCUCCUCAAGACAGACUUUUCUUUCCCUUGCCACUGGGGUUUGUUGUCAGAGGGAAGCUGGUGUUGCCAGCAAGGACUCUGUGCACCAAGGGUGGAGCACAUUUGUCUCCCACUCACUGUCGUGCAGCUCCCCUGUGUGACCGUUACUCCAGGCCACUGGUAGCCUGGAGGGUGCAGCAGGGGCUGUAUAGCUGUACAUAGGCUUUUGGUUUUAUUGUUGACUGUUAGACCAAAUGUGUCAGCUGUGAGCAACAGGUUUUCAGCCAGCCCUGUCCCAUGGCACAGUGGCCUGCCAGCCGUGACCGAAGAGAAGGGCAAGGGCCUGUGAUAGCACUUGGACACCCAAACAGCCCUUCUACCAUCCUGAGAGCAAGUUCUGCUUCUGGGCUGCUGGCAGAGGCAAUGCCUGUGGGGCUGAGUGGCCCGUGCUGAUCUGUGGAUGUCUCAAAGCAGUGCUCUCCACUGGGCUGGGCUCCAGCAGGCGGGGAGGUGGCGGCUGCACCCUGUGAAGAGUAUACUGAGGCAUGGGGAAGCCAGUGAAAUGGUGGUAUAUAUGAAGGGAUUCAGAGGCAGCUCAGCAGUGACAGCAGUGACCUGUCCCUUGGGGGGAGCACUGACCCAGCUGAAAACUCUGCUUCUUCCCCAUCAGCCCAGCAGUGAGACAGGAGCUGCUGGCUCAGGGUCACUGCUCAAGCAGGAUCCCUCUUUCUUCCCAUCCUGUCAGUGGUCUGGGUGUUAUGGUGACAUGGUCUUUCACCAAUGCCUGCAAGAAGGACAGGCCCCAGCUGCAAGCAGGCUCUUCCCUUUGGUGCUAGUGGGUCACAAAGAAAGCUGCCUGCGGGGUCGGGGGGACUCCAGCUGUUUGCAGCAGCCCUGGUGUUUUCUGCCCCAAAGUGGGCAUGGGGUGCUGUGACCUUCUCUGAAAUAGCUGAUGGCUGGUCUCACCUCAUCCCUGCCAUCUGUGGCAUGACUGUUCUUGGUGCCAUGCUCUUCAUAAUUGCUGUUUUGUUGUCUUGAAUUUUUCUAAUGCUGGGGGUUGUUCCUGUUCCCCAAGCAUCUAUAUAUAAAUGUACAGAAUAAAGAUGUUUUAUUGAG